AUGGGGCCUGUUGCUCUAAAUCACAUAAUGUUCUUAAGAUCUGCUGGCAGAGUUUUCACGGCCAUCCAACAAAGACAUAAACCAGCUCUUGUGGAUUCCGAGACUGGUGAAGGAAAGCUGGCUUUGGAUCUCUACCAGAUCUUCGUAGCAAGCGCUUUAGUUGACAUGUACAUGAGGUGUGGAAGCUUGGCCGACGGUCGCGGUGUCUUCGAGAAGAUGGCAGCGAAACACGGUGUUGUGGAACUCUCUCAUUCUGGGAAGCACGGAGAGUGGCCAGGCCGACGCAGAUCUCGAGCUCUACGCUCGAAUGAAACGGGAAGCUUAAAUCCGGAUGCUACAACUUACGUCGCGGUGCUCAAGGCUUGCGGAAGCUUGGAAGCUCUAGAGGCCGGCAGGAAAGUGGAGGCAAAGAUUUCCAGCGCCGGGAUCCACAUGGUGGUCUGCAACAGCAUGGUAGAUUUCUAUGGGAAGUGUGGAAGCAUGGCGGACGCUCGCAGAGUUUUCGAGUGGAUCAGAGGCAAGAGAAGAGGCAUUGUUUCCUCUCAUUGA